AUGACUCCCGACGUUGACGUCGAGCAGGGAGAACACUACAAAGGCUACGAGGCCACUGAAAUCGACCACGAACGCGCCGCCCUCCUCCCAAACGAUGUCGAGAAACCAGAAGAACUGGCCGUCGUACCGAAGAAGACGGGGCAAGUUCAUGCGAACGUGGUGCCCACAUAUGUUGGCUCGACGGAACGACACCACUUCCCCCCACCGUCCCCAACAAAUGCAUACCCGACGCUAUUUCCAAGCGACGUGGGAUAUCCAGGUGGGACACCUACUGGUGCUGAAGCAGCCCUAAUCAUCACCGCACCCGCGUAUCCACUACACACUGGUGCAGCCCACCUCGUGGUGCCCCAGUCUAUGGUGAAAGGAACCAGCGAUCCAGAAACGACAACAAAGAAGUUUAGCCUUCUGAAGAGCUGGGGGAACUUAUCACCUUGGUACAGUGUUGGGCGGAAUGCAUUUGGGCUUGACUCCGGCCCGGAACCGCCAGAGACAUGCAGGAUCACGGGGAUGCACUUGUUACAUAGACAUGGAGCCAGAUACCCUACAGCCUGGACAUCUUACGGUGGACCAGCCAAUCUGGCAACUAAGUUAAACAGCGACACGAAGAGUUGGAAUGCCUCUGGGCCCCUGUCUUUCUUGAGUGAUUGGACCUACAAGCUAGGUGAAGAAGUGUUGACGCCCUUCGGCAGGCAACAACUAUAUGACUUGGGGAUUUCUAUGAGGUUGAAAUACGGAUACUUGCUAAAGAACUUUACCGAGACUAACACCAUCCCCAUCUUCCGGACGGAGUCACAAGAUCGAAUGUUGAACUCUGCGAUCAACUUUGCUCUUGGUUUCUUCGGCCAUCCCUUGGAAGGGAAGUAUCAACAAAGUAUAACCAUCGAAGCUGAUGGCUUCAACAACACUUUGGCCCCGUAUGAUACAUGCCCCAACGCCCGAGAUAAAUUGAAGUCUGAUCGUGGGCUAUGGUAUGUCAAGAAAUGGGCUCCGAUAUACCUUCGGGACGCGCGCUCUCGAAUUCAGGCCCAUCUCAAAGGUUUUGACUUGACAUAUGAAGAUGUGUUCACCAUGCAACAGAUGUGCGCUUAUGAGACUGUGGCCAUCGGGUAUUCCAAGUUCUGUGAACUUUUCACCGCGGAAGAGUGGGACGGGUUCGACUACUCCUUGGACUUGACGUUCUGGUAUAACUCUGCGUUCGGAUCUCCCGUCGCUCGUGUCCAGGGUAUCGGGUACAUCCAGGAAUUGAUCGCUCGUCUGACACACACACCCAUUGCAACCCACAACUCAUCGACCAAUUCGACACUGAAUGACAAUCCCAUCACCUUCCCCCUCGGUCAGAGCCUCUAUGUCGACGCUACACACGAGGUCGUUGUAUUGAACGUGAUCACUGCAUUGAACUUGACUACCCUUGCUGCUGAUGGCCCUUUGCCCUAUGAUCGGAUUCCUCUCAAUCGUAAAUUCAAGGUGUCCGAGCUAGCACCGUUUGCGACCAACAUGCAAUUCCAAUUGCUAGAAUGUACGUCAACCCCAGGCCCACAGAUCCGGAUCAUCGUAAAUGACGGCGUGGUGCCUUUGACUGGAAUCAAAGGGUGCCCAGAGCAGCGCGACGGGAUGUGUCCCGUUGAAGCGUUCAUCACGGCACAGAAGGAAAUCAUAAGGCAGACGGAUUGGAAUUACGACUGCCACGGAGAUUGGACUGUGCCAGUGGGGACAGAUUGGAAUACCACGACGGGCGACCCCCCGAAGUAG